CUCAAAACCUCCUCUUUUCCAUCUUCCCUUUGAUCGUCAUCUUCACCUCUCAUCUCCAUCGACUUUAGAGGGGGCUGACGACAGCUCAUUCUCUCUCUCUCCUUCUCACACACGCAGCAUCAUCCUCCCUACCUACCUGCGAGCCUGCCAAACCAUCUGACCUGUGUUUACCUACAGCUGGCCCCUACAGCUGGUGUUCUUCUCGACAGUGCAUCCAUCCUAAACAACUGGUCCCCAGCUGCAUCAGUCAUAUCAACAAUCAUCUAAGAUAAUCCGUGGCUUCAAAGUUACCUACCUAGCGAACCAUCGUUCAUCAUGGCCUCGACUUCACCGGCCACCCCGGAUACCGUGGUGACCCUCAAGGUCCACUUUCAGGGCAGCACCCGACGGUUCAAACUACCGCUCCGUGACCUCGGCGUCAAUGUCUUUGAAGAUAAGAUCCGAGCCAUCCUCUGCAUCUCACCCGAGGCCAAUGCUACAAUUGAGCGGUAUUCCGAUUCCGCCUCCUCCUACGUCGUGCUUGACCCGAGCAAGCAGUCCGUCUGGAAGCAGCUCUUCCGCGCUGCCAAGGCAAAGCAGAAGCUCAAGCUUCGCGUCACCCUGCGAGACUCAGACGAGGAGGACAACCGUCCGAAGCCCGUCACCGUCGAGGACGAGCCUGAACAGGAGAACCAGGAAUCCGCCCAGACCGAGGCUGAAGAUUUCGCUAUCCCUGUCCCCGUUUCCGUGGCCACAAGCUGGACACCGAGGACUCAACCUCCCAAGGCUCAGCCCCCUGUAAUCACCAGUGUCUGGACAGUGCCAGCCACACCUCCACUUUCCAAAGACACCCCCGAGCACAACAUGGCGGGUCAGGAUGAUACGAUGCAGAACGAAGUGCAAACGGCCUUGAGCCACUUGUCGUUGGAGCAGUCCGAGGCUGCUGUACAGCAGGAGACGACCAAGGAGGAGUCGGAGACGACUACUCCGGUGUGUGUGGCCCCAAAGGCGGCCAACUUUGCCGUCUGCUGCAACAACUGCGAUCGCACUAUCCCCGACGACCACUUCCACUGCUCCACCUGUGACGAUGGCGACUUCGACCUGUGCCCUGACUGCGUCGACAAGGGCGUCACCUGCUACAACGCAGAGCAUUGGUUGCUGAAGAGGUUCGUGAGAGGCGACGUCAUUGUGGUGAGCGUCACCGAGAGGGUGCAUCCCAAGCCCAAGGCCAAGCCUGCGCCCGAGGCGGUCAAGCCCUCCGACGAGAGUGUUGAGGUCUCUGCCGGCCAGGCCAAGCCCGCUCCAGCGCCCGCGACCCCUCCUCGCGCCAUCUCCGUUAUCCAAUACCGGGCUUCCGUGCGCACCUGCAACUCUUGCGUGCAAGAACUGCCCGACAAGGAGUUCCUGCACUGCACCGCCUGCGAGGACUUUGACCUGUGCAAGACCUGCUUUGCCGCUGACAAGCAUGGCCACCACCCGCAGCACGGCUUUGAACCGGCUGUCGAGGGCACCCCCCUCUCCGCCGAGAUCUCAAAGCGCCUGGCUCCCGGUCGGGACCAGCGACACCACGCGAUUUGCGAUGGCUGCGACAAGUUCAUCACUGGUGUCCGUCACAAGUGUCUUGACUGCCCUGACUGGGACUUUUGUGGGGCCUGUGUUGUGAACGCGGGCUUCAUUCACCCCGAGCAUCGCUUCGUGCCUAUCUACAGCCAGAUUGCCGAGGCCCGGUCCACUUCUGCUCCCCGUCCUUGCCACUACGGCAUCUGCUGCGACGGUCCGCUCUGCGUUGACAAGCGUAAGACGUACAUUGUCGGAGAGCGCUACAAGUGCACUGUAUGCCACGACACGGACUUUUGUGCCGGUUGCGAGGCCAGCCCUGCCAACAUGCACAAUCGCACCCACCCUCUCAUCAAGUUCAAGACCCCCGUGAGACGUGUCGAGGUUACUACCAAGGGCGAGGAUGAGCGCGGACAGAAGCUGCCUGUCAUGGGCGACCGCCUCUGCCGUAGGCCCGUGAGCCCCAAGGUCACCGAGGCUCCUUCUGCGACCAAGAGUGUCACGAGCUCUGUGCGCACCGUCGUCAGUGUGAAGCCCGAGCCCGAAGUUGAGAGACCUGCUCAGGCGGCCACUCAGCAGGGCCCUGAGGUGACGGCUACCAGUCUCAUUGCUUUCUUCGAGCGUGACACUGUGCCUGACGGCACCGUCUUCCCCCCCAACCACGUCUUCGAGCAGACGUGGGUCCUCCGCAAUGGUGGAAUGACCCCAUGGCCUGUUGGAUGCUCCAUCAGGUUUGUGGGUGGUGACUACAUGGGUCGCAUCGAUCCCAGUCACCCUGCUGGCGUCAGUGACCUCAUUUCUGCCUCCGAGACUACAGUCACGUCGGCCCCUGUCGCUCCGGGCGAGGAGUUCGCCUUCAAAGUCAUGCUCCGAACCCCAUCCCGUGAGGGUAAGAGCAUUUCUUACUGGCGUCUGACCACGAAAGAUGGCUACAAGUUCGGCCACCGCCUAUGGUGCCACGUGACCGUCGAGGCCACCAAGGCGGCUGCCGACGCUGAGGCCAAUGAAGAGAUUCCUGAGCUGGUCAAGGAGGAAGACUUCACUGCCACCGAAAACAAGACCCAGGCGUCCGCCGAGACCAGCCAGAUGAUUUUCCCUAAGCUGGAGAAGGAAUCGCCGGAAGCUAGCACUCACGAGGAUGUCAAGUCCGAGACUGCCGAGGCUGUCGAGGAGUCUGAUGGCUUCGAGGAUUGCGGUGAGGACGAUGAGUGGGCCGAGGAUUCCGACGGCGGCUUCAUGACUGACGAGGAGUAUGACAUCCUCGAUGCUUCCGAUGAGGAGUUUUCCGACGAGCUGCAGAAGAAGGUGCAGAAGAAGUAGACGACGUGAACGCAGUCUUGGCGUCCCGCGACUAAAUAGUUGUGCUUGACACACUGGCUGCAGAUCGCACGGUAAACUAAAGUGUAGGAUGAUGGAUUAUGAAGGCUAACAAUGAUUUCGCCUCGGUUUUUUUUUCUUUCUGUUUGGCUUCUUCGCCCUUGAUUUCUUACCGUAUCUGGCACUCUUUUCCUCUUUUCCAGCUCAGGUACUGCAAGUCUCCCUCCGACACUCUAGUGACAACUCUUGGAAAUCUCGAUGGAGGGAGUGGAAGGGGGGCUUGAUCCCUGGUCUUUUCUUUUGGCACGGUCUUGGAACAAUGCAACCUCGACGGAACACUCAGUCAACCAACCACUCAUGAACAGAAUGUCAACAGAGAAAUAGCCUGUGGUUGCGCAAUAGCCUUGAAUUAUCAUUAUUUCUUAGUAUAAUCUGCCGUGUGAUCAUGAAUUUGUGC